GUUCCCCUGGGGCACAGCACGUCGACGGAGUGGUCAAGGAGCUUGCAAGGAGCCCCGGAGCGACGGCGCCGUCGGCGUCUGUCGGCUCUUUUCGGGGAUAUCAAUAUCGAUGCCUCGUUUACCUAUUCGCCACGCGCAACUUGCUCUUCAACCACAUCCAUCCCCGAUUGUACCAGGCCUCCCCCUUGUCCCUUGAAUACCCUAUUCGCGCUUCACAUCGAUACCCGAGUCUACUUCGAAUAUCUCGCGCAAAUCUCCAGAACAGCGCUCUUUCUUGAACUAGCGCCGCGACUACCCCGCAUCCUGCAUCCCCACAGUACUAGACGCCACACCCUUGGCAGUGCAAUCAUCUCUGAAAGGUUCAAUGUCUGACACCGAGUCGUACUCCUCGUCCGCCUCGAUCGUUUCUGAAGAUGAAGAGGAGCUCUCCGAUUAUUGUCAAGGAGGUUACCACCCGGUAUACAUCGGCGACACGUUCUCCAAUGGACGCUACAUCGUUGUCCGCAAACUCGGCUGGGGCCACUUCUCGACGGUCUGGUUGGCAAAGGACACACAAACAAAUCGCCACGUUGCCCUCAAGAUCGUCAAGUCUGCGAAUCGCUACACCGAGACCGCGCUCGACGAAAUCCGUCUGCUGCAGCGCAUCAUCUCCUCCAAAACUCCGCCUGAACCCGGCCACCCCUCCCCCGCCGACACCCAUCCCGGAAGAUCCCAUGUCAUUGGCUUCCUCGAUCAUUUUCGCCACGAAGGACCCAAUGGCACGCACGUUUGCAUGGUCUUCGAGGUCCUAGGCGAGAACCUUCUCGGUUUGAUCCGUCGCUACGAAAACAAAGGUGUCCCUAUGCACCUCGUCAAGCAGAUCGCGAAGCAGGUACUGCUCGGGCUCGACUACAUGCACAAAUACUGCGGCGUCAUCCAUACUGACAUCAAGCCGGAGAAUGUGCUCGUCGCGAUCGACGACGUCGAGGCGGUCAUUGAAGCAGAGUCAGCCCCACCACCCGAAUCCGCGUCAUCUUCCUCAGACACUCCACGCAGCAAGCUCGUGGGCGUCCCUCCAUCCAAAGGCCGCGGCGGGAACCAGACCCCACGAGUUCAAUCAGCGUACAUCACGGGGUCGCAACCGCUUGCGUCGCCAGGGUCUUCCAGCAGUCUCAACAGCAUGUGGGACCCUGCAACGAUCGACAAACUGGGCUUCGGCAUGACGAGAAUAUCUAAGGAGGAUGAAGAACGGGUAGUCAAGCAGCGGAGCGACGAGAUGAAGGACAUGAUGUCCAGCGUCUCGUUGAACGGCGACUCGUCGACCUCACGAUCAGAACAUGCUCAUGCACAUCCGCAUUCCCCAACACACGCGCCUGGCGAUGCGACGAUGGGCAGCCCAACCCCUUCUGCUACGCUAGCAAUACCGGAGACCAUUACCGUCAAGAUCGCGGACUUGGGGAAUGCGACAUGGGUGGACCAUCACUUCACGGACGAUAUACAAACACGCCAAUAUCGUUGUCCGGAAGUGAUCAUCGGUGCAAAAUGGGGACCAAGCGCCGACGUCUGGAGCGUAGCGUGCUUGAUUUUCGAGCUCAUCACCGGCGGCGACUACUUGUUCGAUCCAUCAUCAGGGAACAAGUACUCCAAGGACGACGAUCACCUCGCGCAAAUUAUGGAGCUCAUGGGCGACAUGCCCAAGUCCCUCGCCCUCGCAGGCCGCUAUUCUAGCGAAUUCUUCAACCGCCGCGGGCAAUUGCGCCACAUCUCGAAGCUGCGCUACUGGCCACUGCCAAGCGUGCUGCACGAGAAGUACCUGUUCCCGCGCGCGGAAGCAGACAAGCUGGCGGACUUCCUGCAGGGCAUGCUCAACCUCUACCCCGAUCGGCGCGCGUCCGCUGGCGAGCUCGCACGGCAUCCGUGGCUGGAUGGCGUGGUGACAAAGGGUGAGCUGGAGGUGGCGGCGCGGGCGAAACAGAUGGAGGAGGGGAAGGAGAAUCGGUGCACGUCCGAUGCUCUCAAGCCUGUAGAGGAGGGCUGACGGUAUAGACGAGGGAUAACGGGAAUGGGGACGUCCAGGCGGUGGUAAGCGUAAAUGUACUGUCCAGAGAUUUGUAUAGUGUAUCAUACUCAUUCAGCUUAUUGCGAGGCUCUGUCUCGUCUUUUGCUUAUCAUAAA